GUGGCGGCGGCAGUUCUUCAGUGGGUCCCAUUAAAUGUUACCCACCGAAACUGCUGCGCCGAUGGCUUUGCUUGCUGUUUUCACUGUUUUCAGGACAUAACUUACGUCGCAGGACGAUAUAUACCACAGCAAAGACCGCCUGUUACAGCUGAAGAUGGCCAGGAUCCCGCUGCUCGGUCGUCUGAAACGGCGAGAAUAUGUUGCGAUCUUCUUGGGCUCACUUUUCGUCGUCCUCGAGACUCUCAUUUCGUUCAUUAUCGCCUUCCUUCCCAAACCAGUCAUUCGCUGGUUCUAUGACCGCUCUCGCUCCCUUUUCCACUACAUCGCUGGGCCCCCGUUGCCAAAGUCGGAGGAAUCUCGCCUCGUGGACCACAUCCGCCGCGCGAGAGACUUCGAGGAGCUCUGCACGAUAUUCGGAUAUGUAUUCGAGGACCACGUUGUUUUAACCAAAGACGGAUAUCUCCUAACCCUUCACCGUCUGUGUCAGAAGAAGGGCGAGCAGCGCAUGCCUGGAACGUCCACAGGCAAGCCCGUCGUCUAUCUGCACCAUGGACUCCUCAUGAACUCCGAAGUUUGGGUCUGCCUGACGUCUGCCGAGCGCAACAUUCCAUUCGUACUCGUAGAGCUCGGGUACGACGUUUGGCUAGGCAACAACCGAGGCAACAAGUAUUCCAAGAAGAGCAUCUACCAUGACCCGCAUUCGACCAAGUUCUGGGACUAUAGUAUUGACAACUUUGCCUGGAACGACAUUCCGGACUCUAUUGAGUAUGUCUUGGAUGUCACCAAGGAACCCAGUCUGAGCUACAUCGGGUUCAGCCAAGGGACCGCACAGGCGUUCGCUGCGCUUAGUAUACAUCCUCCGCUGAACCAAAGGGUCAAUGUCUUCAUUGCGCUUGCGCCUGCUAUGAGUCCAGCAGGACUAGCGGCUCCCAUUAUAGACGGACUCAUGAAAGCAUCUCCAACUUUGCUCUUCCUCAUGUUCGGACGUCGAGCGAUCCUAUCCUCCGCUCCUUCCUGGCAGAACAUCCUCUACCCGCCGAUCUUUGCGAGCACCAUCAACCUCUCACUGAAAUGGCUUUUCAAUUGGGACAGUCACAACAUCAGUCGUGCCCAGAGACUCGCCGCAUAUACGCACCUGUACUCAUAUGCUUCUGUCAAGUCUAUCGUGCAUUGGUUCCAAAUCAUGCGUACAGGCAAGUUCCAAAUGUACGACGACGACGUACAACAUGUCAUGUUGGCACGAACCACUGCGCGGCCAUCCGGAGUCUCGUCAUACUUGCCCGCGCGAUUCCCCACCCGUAAUAUCGCUUCACCUGUUGUAUUGCUAUACGGUGAUUCAGACUCGUUGGUCGAUAUCGAACAGAUGUUGCGCGAGCUGCCUUCGCAUACAAUAGCGAAGCGGUUGCAUGGGUAUGAGCAUCUGGACGUCAUAUGGGGGAAGAACGUCCACCAGGAUGUUAUUCCACAUGUCAUCGAGGCCCUGAAGAAGUACUGCGUUCUUCCGGAGAGAGUGGCGGAGGAAGUGAAGUUGGUGAACGGAUACAACAGCUAUCACUAUGAGGAUACUUCAGGAUAUUCAACACCUGGAAUGGUCGCUAACAGCGAUUGAAUAUUUUGUUGAACCUACAUAGGACAUCGCUUGGUGCAGGACGCUCACCGAAAUGGAAUGUUGAACUUUGAAAAUUCUUCGCGUUGUCUCGUUCACACCUUCAGGGUUUGGUAUAAGACCAGUGUUGAAACUACAUACAUCGUGAGUGUUGCGGAUUCCUCCAAGUAGUAAUCCAACACCUUCAACAUUCAUAUAGAUCGCAUAGUAUAAUAUUCGUGUCUCUCGUAAAGGGUUCAAUCUUUCGUAUCGGUAGAUCUACCACUGCAGCCCCGAAUGCAUUUCCAACGGAGACCAUGGCUUCGGUGGUGACAUCGAUUCCUCCUUCCGCACUACAUAGGAGCACCGUUUUUGUUUUGCCAUCCAGCAGUUUAUGCCACACUGAGCUCCGAGGCGUAAGGUACUGUAGAUCAUGACAUCGCGCUGGAAGUCAAAAUUUAAGCACAUACGAGUAUUCAUGCAUCAAGCGACAGGUGCUACCAGGGUUCGAACCUGGGUUCCGGGAAAGCAUGCAAAUCAAAAUCCCGAGUGAUAACCACUACACUAUAGCACCUUGCCCCAUCCGAAAUCAUAAUAAAUCUCUAUUUUCUUUGCGU